AUGCUAGGCGACUUCCCCUUGGACGGUAAGAUUGUGGUCAUCACAGGCGGCGCCUCAGGCAUCGGUCUCGCUUUUGCCAAGUUGGCCUUGACAAGCGGCGCCAGCGUCAUCAUCGCCGACCUUGCCCUGUCACCGGCAGCCGAACCCCUCGUGCGCAACGACCCCAACGUCCGCUUCAUUAAGUGCGACGUUCAAGAAUGGGAUAAUCUUGAAGCUUUGAUUCCCUUCUCCGAGAAGGAGUUUGGGGAUGUCCCAGACGUUUAUGCUGCCAACGCUGGCGUUGGAGAACCUGAAUGGUCUAGUUUCUGGGGCGAUCGUGAGGCAAAGAGAUACGCCGAACUCGACAUCAACCUCGCUCAUCCUAUUAAACUUAGCCGCAUUGCAAUCCGGGCAUGCCUCGGAAAGAACAAGAAAGGUGUCGUCAUCAUCACGUCGUCCAUCGCGGGAGUCAAUGGCCAUUUUGCGACGGCUCUCUACGUUGCAAGCAAGCAUGGAACAGUUGGGCUCAUCAAGAGUCUGGCCAAAGCCGAGACCGAAGCUCAGGUCAAGGUUGUCGGAAUUUGCCCCGGACUUGUAGAGACACCGCUUCUGGAGGGCAUCAUGGAGAGCCAAAACGGGGAUGAUACCGGCACUGUCCUGAUAAAGCCGAGUGAGAUUGCAGAGAGGAUGAAGGACCUGGUUGAAAAGGGGACAUAUCGUGGGGGAAUAGCUUUGGCAGUGGCCAGACCAGGAGACGCGACCAUUGUAGCUGAUGGGUCGACUAGCUUGCUCGAGGAAUUGCUUCCUUCUGAUCUGGAGGUGAUGAGAAAGAUUAUUGCGACCGAGAGGCGAAAUAGGGAGUAA